AUGUACGGCGAUACUCGGCUCGAUCUGAUCCACGACGUUGUUGCAUCAAAGCACGAGCAUGGGAUUCUCAUGUACAUCCUGAAGUCUGAAGAGUUGUGCAGACGUAUUCAAGCGGUUGCUAUCCGGUACAACAAUGGUGAUCCCGCCGGGCCGAACACAUUUCGUGCCUUCGUUCGAUCCUGCUACCACGAAGGGCACUGUAGGCCCCGCAUACCUUUUGUACCCGGCGCCAUCGCAUUCUACGCUCGCCCAGAUCUCAAAUGCUCCAACGUCGCGCAUACGUACACUUCGACCAGCGGUCAGCAGUGGUACAUACUCGACGUGGCCGCCAACGACCUAUCGCGCAUAGUGCCUUUGGGCCUUUACAUGCCAUAUCGCGAGCUUGCCCCCGGCCGCACAGCGAGUAUCCUGGACAGUAUCGAGCCCAUUCCUCUCUGGGUCGUUGGCAACGGCAGCCUCGGUGUACCGGUGGGACCGCAGGGCGAUGUCUGCACGUGGCAACAUGGCGAAAAGCCCUUCACGAACACCAACGGAAGUCCGAGGUCCACUGUCUUUGUUAGAAUCAAGUGGCCUGGAUACAACAUAUGGGAGUCGCAGAUACGGAUGAAAAAUGACAGUCGACCCGAGGACUCGUAUACCUUCAGACGACUGGUCAAUCAGACUAGGAUGAAAGUCCGAAAAUUCGUCUCCGACAAUACGUCUACGCCGUGUCGGAAUUCACGAUGGGUUGUCGGCGAUAUGCCAGGCCAAAUAUCAGCCAAGGACCUUAUACUUCUCGCCGUAGUUGUCGUAUCUCACGGCGCAAUCAUGCCCAUCCUCAAACUGCGCGAUGACUAUGUCCUCCGCAAUUCGUGCCCCUUCCAGACGGCAAGCACGGUGCCACCCUUCCACGUAUACGGGUCUUCGUUAGCCCCCUGCUCUUAUGAUCCCUUUGGUUCCGACAACCAAGAACUAUCCAGCUUGGGACAAUUUGAUUAUGUGCAGAUGCCCUGCUACUGA